CCCCUGAGUGGCAGCUGGGUGGGCGCGCGCCGUGGGAAGGUGCUAUCGUUGCAGUAUGGCGGACGAUGGGGACGGUAGGAGUGCAGCGGCGGACACUAGCGGCGGGCAGGGCACGACGGAGGAGUUGGAUCCGGGGGCCGGUCUCGGCAUAAGCGGCAUGUUGCUCGAUCUCGGCGUUCUGGUGCUCUUGUUGGCCGCGUGUUACGUGGUUUACGCGCGGUGGUGGCGGAGGGCGGGCGCGAACGCGGGCCGGGGCAAUGAGGCCUCGCCGCUUCCCAAGAUGAGGAGACGCGACUUCACCCUGCAGCAGCUGAGCGAGUACGACGGCGUGCAGAACCCGCGCAUCCUCAUGGCAGUCAAUACCAAGGUCUUCGACGUGACCAGCGGCAAAAAGUUUUACGGACGCGAGGGCCCCUACGGGAUCUUUGCGGGACGUGAUGCUUCUCGGGGUUUGGCAACAUUCUGCCUGGAGAAGGAUGCAUUACGAGACGAGUACGAUGAUCUUUCAGACCUGAAUGCUGUACAGAUGGAAAGCGUUCGAGAAUGGGAGAUGCAGUUCAUGGAGAAAUAUGACUACGUUGGCCGUUUGUUGAAGCCAGGAGAUGAGCCGUCUGAGUACACAGAUGAAGAGGACAUGAAGGAUCAUCAAAAACACGAAUGAUCUGCUAAAACAUCCACAGCAGCUGAAGCCCAGGACUGAGAAGGCCACCAUCCAGAAUAGUUAAACUCCUCAGAAUCUGCCCUUUACCUCGAUAAUACCUUGUUCCCACUACUGCUCCACCACAGAGAGAAAUGCAUCAGUCUGAAAGCCCCCUGCUGUUCUGACUGUCCUUUUACCAAAACAGACCAAUAGCCUGUCAGAGUUUCCUGUACUCGUCUUGUCUGUUCUUGAUACCUGCUCCUUGACCCUCAAUCUUCCUGUCCCACCUAAACACUCAAUUUAAACCAUCAAACACUAUACUGUAAACCACCAAUCCUGCACCCUAAAUCAUCAGUCAUACAGUUCUGUCAUUUACCCUACAGUCCAGUGGAAAGUGGAGCGCACCUGAGGCUUUUAUAGCAUCCUGCACAUUUGGGCGUUCAGACUUGGACUGGCAAUGUGAAGAGAUGUAUAAAAAGGAGGAAACGCUGAAUACACAUACAUUUUUAUUCACUUUUCUUUGGGGACUUCACCAUUCAUGACCUCAAAAGUCAUGUACAUAGAGCGGGGCAGAUGCCUGGAGUCCAGUACACAACAGGUUAAAAAUCACAACUUCUUUAAUUCUUUUUGUUUCCAUUUAAGUUUUUUUUGUUGUUGUUGUAAUUAUUGUACCACAACCCACAUCUCAAACAUUUCUCAAGCAUUUAAAUCUCAUGCUUAUUCGUCAACUGUAAGAACGUUGUCGUUUUAAAUCAGAGUAAAUGUCGAGUGGAUAUGGUAACCAAUCCAAAAGCCAGAUUGUCUGCCAUCAGCCAAUCAAUCCAAAAGUUGGGAGGGUCUGGGGUGGGUGGGUGCUCUCAGCAGUUUUUGUAUUGUGUGCAACACUAGUGUGUAGCGAUUUUUGUCACAAUGUGAUUGUAAAACAUUCAGGAUGGGAAAUGUUUGUGGGGGGAGGGUAACCAUUAGCAUUCUUGCCAUAGAACUGUUGUUUUAUUUGAACUCUUACUGUGUAAAUCUGAACGGCUGGUUGGGAUGCAAAGGGAAGAUCAGUAUGGUAGUUUAAUUGGAUCAACUUGUCUGUUUAUUGGUCAACAGAACUCUCCCUUUCCCUGUUAAUGAAACGGAGUAGUUAUCGUGCCUUAUUUCCAUUUAAUUUACUACAGAAUAGUCAAGAGAUGUAGAAGGAUACAUGUAUGAGAAAACGCGAGAUAAAACAUGUUCUGCUCUGCCCUUUCCAAAAUACAUACUAUUAGGAGGUUUUCGAAAGCUAAGGCAUCUUCCCCUCCAUUUCCUCAAAGUUGUACGACGAAGCGUGCUCACGUCUGUGAGCGAAUCUGACACGAGAGGUUUGACCGCCGUUAUCGUGACCUUGUACAUAGACUUUAUGAGCUAUUUCAGUGUUACUGCCAUAUCCGCGCUGUUAUUAAACUCCACGCACUGCUGUGUUGUACUGGCCAAAAGAUCCAUUGCUCUUUCUCUGUUUCCAUCUCUUUUUCCCCUCUUUUAUUGUUUUGUUUUUUUUUCUGCUGAAUUUAUUUUUAAUUGUGGGUAAUUUUCAAAUCCACCUGUUAAGUGUUGUAUUUAGUUUUUCUUCUGGAGAGGGGAACUAUGAGUUUGGAAGAAUACUUUGUCUUUGCCGAGGGGAGGGGAAUGUGGUGCAAUUCAAAAAUUGUGGAUUCUGUAAAUAUGUGUAUCAUUUUAUUAAAGCAUGUGCAGCAAA